AUGAGUACACCGCAAGCCUUUGUCCAGGAUCCCCGAUUUGACAGGGUCUUUGUGCUACCAGCAGAUUUGCCCAAUGGCCGCGCAAACCCGUUCACUGUCCAGUAUAGCGACUACGGAUACCGAAACGAGGAGGCCCCUGAAAACGAGAACGUCUUCCUCUUUUUUGGCUCAUUGUUAGGAUCGCGACUAGUUCAUGUUGCCAAGGACGAGCUUGCCAAGCAGCACAGAAUCCGAAUCAUCAAUCCAGACAGACCCGGAGUGGGCGGUACUGAUAUCGUGAAGCCGGAGUGCUUAAUGAGUCUAUGGCGAGAGACUAUUCUAGCACUACUCAGACAUCUGGAUAUUAAAUACGUAUCCAUCGGAUGCCAUAGCGGAGGCACUAUAUCCGCGCUUGACAUGCUGGUUCAUCACCCAGAAAUACUCCCCCCUGAAAACCCCGGCUACAUUGCCAUCGGAUCACCGUGGAUCUUGCCUUCACAUACCGGAUCAACAAUGAUGUCCAUUGUUGAAUGUUUUCCAUCCAGUGUUAUUGGCCAGGUUGAUAAGAUCGCAAGGCUCAUUAACAACCAUGUCGGUCCCAUGGUUGGCCUCAGCGUUGGGGUGAGCUACGCCAUGGUGAACAAGCUAAUGCCGUCGCCAGCUCUUGAAAGUGCUGGGAAUUCGCAUACCCAGAGCAGCCGCACAUUCGAAGAGAGAGUAUGGCCAGAAAUUAUCCAGCGGAUUUACGAUUCAAACAUAAAAGGAAUGUCAACCGAUGCUAUCAUGUUCUUGCAAAAGGGCUGUUUUAGCCAAGCGGGAUGGGGCGACUGGGGCGACUACGACAAACUUGUUCCACGGUUGAGCCAAAUUCUCCGCAGUACCGGCCGAAACCUCAGAAUUGAUGUGUUCCACGCCGAGAGCGAUUCUCUUGUUGGUAAUGCUGGUUCAAGGGGAUCUCUGUGGUUUGAUCAAUGUUGGCAAGCAGGAAAUGAGGAUGUCAUUAACUACAGUAGCGCGAAGGUUAUCGGAGCAGACCACGAUGGAGUAUGGAGCUUGAAGUGGAGUGCAGUGCACACGGUGUUUGAAAGGAUCAAUGGGAAGGUCGAAGAUAGGUGA